AUGGCAGCAGAGCAUAUAAGCAAAACUUCUGAAGCAUACCCAAUGAAAGGUGGAGAUGGUGUUCAUAGCUAUGCCAACAACUCCUACUACCAGAGAGGAGUCAUUGAUACUGCGAAAAAGCUAAUCACUGAUGAAAUUGCAGACAAACUUGAUCUCAAGAACAUAGUUCUAUCAAACACGUUUCGGAUUGCAGACUUAGGUUGCUCUGUUGGGCCUAAUACAUUUUUUGCAGUUCAAAACAUAAUUGAGGCAGUGAAGUGUAAGCCUCAGUGUGAAGGAUUCGAUCCUCAACUGCUUGAAUUUCAAGUUUUCUUCAAUGAUCACGCCUCCAAUGAUUUCAAUACACUCUUCACAUCUGCCCCACCAGACAGGCAAUAUUAUGCUGCGGGUGUGGCAGGGUCUUUUUACUGUCGCUUGUUUCCCAAUGACUCUCUGCACUUUGUUCAUUCCUCUUAUGCCAUCCAUUGGCUUUCAAGAGUCCCGAAAUUGAUCGUUGACAAAAGCUCCCCAGCUUGGAAUAAAGGGAGAAUCCACAUCUCUAAUACAGAAGAUGAAGUUGUGAAGGCCUAUGAAGCUCAAUAUGCUGAAGAUAUGGAUUGCUUUCUGCAUGCAAGGGCUCAAGAGGUUGUGUGUGGAGGGUUGAUUGCCCUUAUCGUUCGUGGCCGCCCUAAUGAUGCCCUACAUUCUCAAACUCAUGUGAAUAUCCUAUAUGAUCUCUUGGGGUCUUGCCUCAUGGACAUGGCAAGAAAGGGGAUAAUUAGUGAGGAAAAAGUGGACUCCUUCAAUGUACCAACUUAUUCCAUGUCUCCUCAAGAGCUGGUUGUAGCUGUGAAUCGAAAUGGGGAAUUUAGUGUAGAGAGAAUUGAUAUGUUGGCUCGUGUUACAGAAACUAGCAACCUCCCUAAAAGCCAAAUAUUGGCAUCUCACUUUCGAGCUGCAUUGGAUGGACUGAUCAAGGAGCAUUUUGGGGAUGUGAUCUUAGACGAGCUAUUUGAAUCAUUUAGAAAGAAACUUGAACAAGAGUUCCCCCUCACCAAGUCAGGGAGAUCCAUUAAUUUCUUUGCUCUUUUGAAACGCAAAGCAAAACACUAGAACUUGAAGGUUUAUGAAAAAGGACUCCAGUAUGAACAUUGAAAGCCAAUAAUACCGUAUAACGUAUGUCUGGUGCACUGAUUAGAAUCUCUCUCUCUAUUGAGUAGUGCUAAUCUUCACCCUGAAUUCAUUCUUCAUUCACACCAGUUUGUUGCAAUAGAGAUGAGCAAGUAUCUCGUGGCAUGUACUGUUUGUUGGGAAUUUUACAUUCUCUGAAUUUGUUGAAUAUUUCAAUCUCUACGGUCAUCCACGGUGACAUCUUCACCAACUCGCUUCAAUCACAUGAGCUUCUCCAUUGUGAAUUUGCCAUGUUCAUGAUCACCCUUGACACUAGCCUCUGUACUUAGUUGGAGUCGGAUUCAACUUUUUCGACUCGACUUCGAUUAAGUUGGAGUCCGAUCUCGAUCUUCAACUCCCCCUCCGAAACUUGCAAAAUCCGCCGUGUCGAUGGUGAUGAAAAUGACUUGUUUUGAAAAUGUCUCUGCCUCCAUGAUCUCUACCACCAUUUGUGAGGAAGAAAAAGAUCUCCGCCUCCAUGAUCUGAUCUAUCACUAUAUCACGGUGCGUUGCAUUCUUAUUUGGUGCCACUAGGUUUUGAGGACAAUCAUUAACUUAUUUGAUAGAAUCUGGGCUAAAAGUAAUUGAUAAACCUUACAAACUUUUGGACACA